AUGGAUUCAGAGGCUUUUGAGAAGACUAAACCAAAAUUUGACGGCGUGGAUGGCAGAAACGUGACCGAUUUGGAGCAACUGCUUCAUCCAGGACCAGAAAUUUAUCCAGUGAGAUUUAGAGAGUGAAGACCACACAAUUUUGCUGACUUCUAUCUGCCUGUCUCGCCCUUAUUUCCAUGUCUGUUUAGUAGCCGACUAAGCCGGCUGCGUUAUUUCAGUUAAAGACAAUCCCUCUCUGCUGGGACAUGAUUUAAACGCAAUAAAGCUUGGCUUGCUAAUUUGAUCCUUCGCUGCAAUGUAAUAGAAACGGGCCUAAGUCAAAAAUGUGCUGCUAUAUGUCAGACAACGGGUCGGCAUGAACACAUAUUCAUAAGAUUUUCGCCGAUGAACCACGUAUCGUACGGAUUGCACCCGAGGCGAACUCCCUUCAUAUGUCAGACUUGGAAGUUACUACUGGCGAAAAAGUUGCAGUCGGAGGCGGAGGCAAUGGUGGCCCUGCACAAGCGAGCGUCAACGUUGAACAUUCCAAGGGAAUUAAAACGUCCUAUGAAGGUGCUAGAGUCAUCCAUGGAGUCAUCAAGGGAUCCGACUCAGCAACAUGGCGGCUUUUCGAAGACUCAGCCAGCGCAACCGGGCUUCCUCCAGUCAUCCAUCUUCUGCUAGUCGUGUGCUGCACAAGCAAUUUCUCGCUGGAUUUGGAGAUGUCCGUGACGCAUAGGAGCUUUUGGAGAAUGCCUUUCAACGUCCGAUCGCACAAAGUUUUAAAGGGAUCGUCUUGCCUAAUACCGAGCCUGGAAGACGUGGAGACAUUCGAAAACAUGGAGAGGACACGUAAGGUUAAGCGACUUCUCUUAAACGCCAGAAGGUGCACACAGACGGAAAACGGGCGUCUUGAGCAAUUCGAAAAUAUACUGAAUAGUGGACUAGCGGAUAUAAACCAUACUGGUCACCCUGGCAACAUUUCAGAGCAGACUGAGGGGACCAUCCUUUCGAACAUAACAGCUGCAAGGAACAAAACCCUCAGUGGCUGGGAAGCCGAUAUCCUGCUGCAUCAUUACGCAUCUAUCAGAAGUGAUAUCCGAGACAGAAAAGAAAGACAACAUUUAGCUGGAGAGAAGUGGGAUGGGAUGACUCGCAAAAGGUUCGCAGAAGGGAAAGAAACAAGACGAGCAGAGCUCUGAGAUAUGCUUAAAGGCAUUCAACUCCGAUUCAAGACGCCGUUGUUUACUGAUCAAAUGAAAAUCCCUGGAGGAAUGGCGGGACAGGGGCUUCAGUCCGUCCAGAAUGGAGCAGAAUGCAUAGAGGCGAGUGACCCACCAGCGAAACC